GAUCCAAUCAAUAUAUGGACAGGACUGUCACAUCCCGGUUCAGCACGUCGACCACUUCAUACUAUCACUCAACGUCUUCUCUCGAUUUGCCUGAAUUCCGCCUCUUGCAAACACCUAUUUAGCAUGUUUGGCAUGAUUCUCACGAAAUGGCGCAAUCGGCUCUCAACUGAGACACUCACCCUUCUGGCAGAACUCAAGAUGUAUGUUCAUGAGGAGCAUGUAUGCAAUGACGUGGUCAAGAAGCGGCUUCAGCGC